AUGGCUGGGCGGGAUAGGCUCUUGAGGCUCUUUGCGGCGCGCCCCCCGCUGCCGCCACACCGCGCGCCGCCCAAGAAGCCCCCCAAGCUGCCGUACACCGGCAUCGCGCAGUAUGUGUCGCAUUUUGUGGAGCGGGGGGACCCGGAAUAUGAGCCGCCACCGCCAGAGACGCAGCCGCCACCGCCCCGCAUCUUUCGCAACCCCGAGAUGCCGACGCAGGCGCGGGUGGACAUCGAGAGCAAAGUGGAGAAGGACAUCCGGGUACGGCAAGAACGGCAGCAGAGGGCGGCACGACAGCGGGAGGAGAACCUGAAGAGCUGGGAUCCCAGCAAAGACCCCAAUGUGGAGGGAGACCCCUUCAAGACGCUCUUUGUGUCACGUCUGUCAUAUGACGUGACAGAACGCAAGCUGAAGCGCGAGUUUGAGGAGUACGGGCCCAUCAAGCGCAUCCGCCUGGUGCACAACAAGAACUCGGGCAAGCCGCGCGGCUACGCCUUCAUCGAAUACGAGCACAAGAACGACAUGAAGCAGGCGUACAAGAUGGCCGAUGGACGCAAAAUUGAGGACAGGCGUGUGCUGGUGGAUGUAGAGCGCGGCCGCACCGUACCACACUGGCGGCCGCGCCGGUUUGGUGGCGGUAAGGGCAGUGAGUCGCGCAUGGUGUCUCGACCGCCAAAGGACCUGAAGCGACAGUUUGUGGCCCGCCUGGUGGAGCGAGCCAUGGCGGAGAAGGAGCGGCGGUCAGACACUGGAGACAGGCGGAAGCGAGAGCGGGACGAUUAUGGAACGUACGACCGACAGCGAGACUCCAAGCGGCGAGAGCGGGACCUUUGA